AUGUUUUAUAUUCUAUUAAUUACUAAUAUUCUAUUAACUAUAAAUGGAAUAUCAAUUAAUAUAAUUGAAAAAGAUUUAAAUAAUACAAUUGAAAAAAUUCUUUUAAUAAAUAAUAAUUUAUUUAUUGGUACAAAUAAUAUUCUACAUCGUUUAUCAUCAAAAACAUUAAAUAAAAAUUUAUUUUCAUUAAAACUUGGUCCACAAUUUGAUAAUUCAUAUUGUCGUUCAUGUAAUGAUUUUCGACAAAUAGAUUAUCAUUUUAAAAUUUUAUUAUUAAUAAAUAAUAAAAAAAAUCAUUUACUUUUAUGUGGUACAAUAUAUCAAGGUAUAUGUCAAAUUAUUGAUGAAAAUUUUAAUUUUAUUAUUAAUUCAACAUUACCAAUUGUUGCUAAUGAUCAAAUAAAUAGUACAAUUGGAUUAAUUAUACCAGAAAAAAAUCUUAUCUAUUUUGGUGUUACAUAUACAAAUGAUGGUGUUUAUCGUUGGCAAAUUCCAAAUAUAUCAGGACGUUCAUUAAAUAUAACAAAUUUUAUGAAAAUUUUAUCAAGUAAUGAUGAUGAUACAAUAUAUCGUGAUGAUUUAUCACUUCGUUUUAUGCCAAGACAACAAACAACAUUUAUUGUUCAAUAUAUAUAUACAUUUUAUACAAAAAAUUAUAUUUAUUUUAUAACAAAUCAACCAAAUGAUAUUGAUCAAACAACUAUAAUAACAAAAAUAAUACGUUUUUGUCGAAAUAGUUCAAAUUCAAUAAUACGUACAUAUAGUGAAAUUCCAUUAAUUUGUUUUAAUUCCGAUUGGAUUAUUAAAUCAGCUCAAACAAUUAUUGAUAUUAAUAAUAAUAAUCAAAUGAUUUUAAUUGGACUUUUUAUAAAACGUGAUGGAUCAAAUGGAACAAAUAUUUGUUCAUGGAAAAUUCAAAAUGAUAUUGAUAAAGCUUUUCAAGAUAAUUAUAAAAAUUGCUAUACAAUGGGUAUUGGACAACGUGGAUUAAAUUUUAUUAAACCAAAUGAACCUUGUAGAAAAGAUGAAAGUUGGUCAAUAGGAAUAACGAAUGAUAAUGAUUUAUGUCCAUGGAUAAUUAGUGAUCGUUUACCAUAUCCAGUCGGUGGAAUAAUUCCUAUAAUUGGUCGUCUUUUUUAUGAGAAUUCAUUUGAGAGUUCUAGCGCCUUGCAGCUGCAUCCACUCGGUUCAUCAAUUCUUUUUUUACAAGGAUUAACCAAUGGCACUUUCAAGUUGGGAAUAUUUGAUUUUCUAUUGAAUAUAAAUUGGAUAUAUUCAUAUCAAUUAUCAACACAAUUACCAAUUCUAUCGAAUAUUUUAUUUGAUAAUCAUACAGCAAGUUACUUUUUAGCUUCAGGAACAAAGAUUUAUCGUUUAUCAUUUGCUGGUGAUUGUGCAUCACAUUUGUCAUGCGAUGAAUGUUUGUCUUCAUCAAAUAACGUUUUUUGUGGGUGGUGUUCGACAACUGAACGAUGUACAAUAUCAAAUGAUUGUCCUACUAAAUCUUGGCGACAAGAAAAUAAUCAAUGUAUACAUAUUAUCAAUGUUCAACCAUUGAAUGCUUCUAUUGAUCAGAGUCAAUGGAUAAAUCUAACUCUAUCGAAAUUACCACAAUUAGAACAUAAUGAAAUUUAUCAAUGUAUUUUUAGUAAUAAAAUAGUAUCAGCAAGUACACAGGCUAUUAAGUUAGAUUAUAAUCGGCUUUCGUGUCCUACACCAUCAAAUCAUUAUAGAAAAGAAAAUAUUCAUUUACAAAUAGGAAAUGAAUCAAAAGUACGUUUAUCAAUAGUAAAAUGGCCAUCAAAUACAAGUAUUGCAACAAUACCUGAAUUUAUAUUUUAUGAUUGUUCAUCAUAUUCAUCAUGUGAAUCAUGUCGAUCACAAAUAGGAUGUCAAUGGUGUUCUGAUCGAUGUUCAUCAAUAUGUACUGAAAAAACCAUCCAACAAUGUCCAUCAUUUGAUCUUAUUGAUACUUCAAAUAUAUUUAUUGAAUCUGGUAAAUCAAUUGAUAUUCCUUUAAAAUUUUAUAAUACAAUAAAAUUUUCACUUGAAUGUCGUUUAAAUGAAACAAUAUUUGGUUUUAUUGAUCAAAAUUAUAUUUGUCAUAUAUCAAAAAUUCCUGAAUUAACAAAUGAAAAUGAUCAAAUAGUAUAUUUAUCUAUAUAUGAAAAUAAUAUAUCAAUAGGUAUUCCAAUAAAAAUGUUUAUUUAUCGAUGUGAUUUAUAUGAUACAUGUGAUAAAUGUCAAUCACGUUUAACAUGUUCAUGGUGUCAAGGUAAAUGUUUAUCAAAACAAGAUAAACAAUGUUUAAUUAAUUCACAAUGUACUUCAUUAAAAAUAAAAGAUUUUUCACCAAAAAAACUUCCACUUUAUGGUGAAACACUUGUAAUUAUUUAUUUAAAUGAAUUAAUAAAUGAUAAAAUACUUGAAAUAACACUUGCUGAUAUUCCUUGUUUAAUUAUAAAAUCAACAAAUCGAAUUGAAUGUCAAUCAAAUAAAUCAAAUUCAUCGCGGCAUGGUCCAAUUAAAAUUCAUUUUCAAAAUUCAAUUAUACUUUAUUCACAAGAAUUUAUUCAAUAUUGUCAAUCAUCAAUAAAUUCUUUUAAUCCAAUGAUUGUUUAUGAAUUUGGUGGACAAAUUCUUUAUAUAACAGGAAAUAAUUUAAUUAUUGGUAAUUAUCAACAAAUAUUUAUUGGAAAUUUUCAAUGUCUUCUAAUAAAACAAACAAUAACAAAUGUUUUAACAUGUCGUUUACCAUCGAUAUUAUCAGGAUCUUAUAAUAUUACUGUUAUUAUUGAUAAUAAAACUAUUCUAAAUAAUGGAAAUAUUUUAAAAGUAACACCAAAUCCAAUUGUUCAAGAUAUUAAUCCAAUAAUUAGUUUUGCAAGUGGUGGUCGAUUAAUAACUGUUCGUGGAAUGUAUUUUUCAUCUGCACAAUCAAUUAUUGCAGAAUUUUCUUACAAACAAUGGAAUGCAAAAUUAAAGAUAAUUUCAAAUGAUAUAAUAUCAUCAAAUAAUGGAAUGAAAUCAUCAUUUAGUUUUCGUACACCAGAAAUUCCUUCACCAUCAAAUGAAUUUAAUUCACCACCAAUUGAUAUUGAUUUUUCACUUCAUUUUGAUGAUUUAAUUAUAUUACCAAAUUUAAUUCAAUUUCAUUAUCUACCAGAUAUUGUAUUAAAUAUUUCAUCAAACCCUCCAACAUUACCAUAUACAGGUGAAGAACUUAAAUUACACGUAGAAAAUUUAACUGAAGCAUUAUCAAUGGAAGAUAUUCAAUUAUUAAUUGGUUGUAACGAAUGUAAACUAAAAACAUUUACAUCAAAAGGAAUUACAUGUCAACCACCAACACAAUUAUUAAUAAAUACACCUUUACUUCUUAAUAAUCAACAUGAUCAAGUUGCUUGUACAUUAUAUAAUACAUCAAUUGGUCCAAUUCGUUUUCGUAUUGGUGUUCAUAAUCAUUUAAUUGGUUAUUUAUCAUACAUUCGUUCAUCAUCAUCAUCAUCAUCAUCACGAUAUUCUGUUACUAAAAUAAUUUCUUUAUCAUUAGCAAGUUGUCUUUUAACAAUUUCUUUACUUACAUUAAGUCGUUUUUCAUAUAUUAAAUUACGAAAACCAAAAGAAAAAUCUUCUUCAUUAUCUCCAAUAAAAUCUAAUGAACAAAAUGAUAGAGCUUUUUGGUCAACAACAACAUCAGCUAUUGCUGGUCCUUAUUAUCAAGUAUAUGAACAAAUUCCAUCAUCAUCAUCUCAUCAAAAUACAUUAGCACGUGCUCCAUUACUUGUUUGCCCAUAUCAUCAUCAUUAUAAACAAGAAUAUUCAACAUUAUCAUUAAUGCAACAAUUAGAAAUCAAUAUACCAUUUUUAACUACUAUAUCAGUUGAACAUGAACAAUUGAAAAAAUUAAUAUUCACAUCCGAUAAUAUAUAUAAUUCAUCAAAUCAUUAUCAAUCAAUGGAAUUAUUUUAUGAUUUACUUGGAAUGACACCAUUUUCUGAAGCUUUUAUUGAUCAAUUAAUAGUAAAUAAUUGUAAUGAUCUAUGUAAAUAUUAUGGAUAUAUAUUUCGUUAUAAUCCAUUAAAUUUAAAAUCAUUUCCAUUAACACGUGAAAUAUCAUUUAUUAAAUUAAUUUCAAUAUUUUUAUUUCAAUCAAAAAACGAUUUAUGUGAAUUAUUUUCUUUAUUUGAUAAAUUAAUAAAUUCAUUAAUUGAUUUAAUUGAUUGUGGACCAUGUGAUCAAUUAUUAAAUCGUUCAAUAAAUUCAAUAUCAUCAUCAACAUUAUUAUUAUUAUUAAAUAUUGAUUAUAAUUGUUUAGAAUUAUUAAUUAAUUAUGAAAAUUUAAUACGUUUUCAUCUUCCUGUACUUGAUUGUGAUACAAUGGAUCAAAUAAAACAAAAAAUAAAUCAUUAUUUAAAUACUUAUGAAAACAUUUCUCAUGAAGAAAUUGAUUUAAUUAUUCCAUCAUUAAAUAUUUGUUCAUGUAAUCAUCAAAUUCCAAUAUUAAAACAAUAUACAAUAAAUUCAACAAUAUUAUGUCGAAAAAAAUCAUCAUGGAAUUAUUUUUCAGAAAAAAAAAGAGAAAAAAAUUUUUUUUUAUAUCAUUUAUGUACAGAAAAUCAAUUAAUUAAAGAUAAAAAUUUAAUUAAUAAUAAAUUAAAAGAAAAUAAAAAACGUUUACAAAAAAUUCUAAAUAAUUUUUAUGAAGAAAUUUUAAAUGGUUUUAAAAUUUUUUCAAUAUGGGAAAAACAAAUUAAUGAAAAAAAUCAAAAUAAUUUAUUUAAACAAUAUAUUCAAUUAGUUAGUGAUCUUAUUCGACGAUUAAAUAGAUUAAUGAUAUGUCGAUCAACAUGUCCUAUUAUACAAUCAUGUUUAAAUGUUAUUGCAGAUGGUUUAGAAUUUAUUUUUCAGACUAAAACUGAAUUUUCAUCGGAAAUUGAAUUAUUAUUUGAAGAUGAUAGAAAAUAUUUUGCUUCAUUUGAUACGAAUCUAUUUAAAAUUCCUUCAUAUUCUCUAAUUGAUUCAUUACCAUCAACAUUAGAUAUUCGAUCAUUAAUACUUACUGAUCAUACAUCAAUGGAAUGUCUUUUUAAACUUUAUCAAUUUUAUGAAUUACAUAGUGAACCGAUAAAUCAACAUAUUGGAGAAAAUCAUGUCAGUGUUUUAUUACCUGUUCAUCAUCUUCUUGUACAAAUUCGUCAAUUAAUUAAUUCAGAUUCAAUUCGAACUAAUACAACAAUUAUUUGA